AAUAUAAUGGCAUCAAAUUAUUAUAUUGAUAUAAUAUUAUAUGAUAUUUAGAACAAGAGGUAAAAUGUACAGAGUAGACUGAUAACAUAGAUUAAGCGCAUUGUUCAUGGCUACCAUGAACAAAACAGAUGCCGAAUAUUUAGAUGGUAAACUGGAAGGCUCAACGAUUGAAUGCUUCAAUUCUGGGGUUGUGACUGCAGAUGAUGAAAGAUCAUUUAGCGAGCAAGAUAAAGAUAUAUCGUGGCAAAAUUUAAUGAAAAUGUCAAGUUCUUUGAAAACAAAUAUAGAUUUAAAUAUGAAAAAAGUCAAAUAUCAAAUGAAUUCCAUUCAAAAUGAAGCAGCUGAACAAAACAAUUGUGAAGUAUUGGCUGAACAAUCAAAUGUCACGGUUAAUGAGCUACUACCAUUAUCGGCCUUCAAUAAUAAAAUGAAUGAUGACAAUGAAAUCAAUAAUUUCGACGUGUUAAACUUAGAAAAAUGUCAUCUUAUUCAGCGUAAUUCAGAGUUUAAUAAUAGUUUAAAAAAUAUUUUCGUAUCUCAAAUGGGAGACCCUGACCAAAUAGAUCAAACGCCAAAAGUAAUUGAUUUUAAAGUUAAAGAAAAAAAUCGCUCCGAGAAUAUUUCAUUUACGGAGAAAGAAUUUUUUGACAAUGAGAAUGAUUGUAUUGAAGAAAUAGGAAAAUCUGUGGGAAUUAUAAAAAAAAUGUUUGAAGUUAAAAACAAGUGUCAAAAUUGGAUUGAAAAAUAUGAUGAAUUACAUGAUAAGUAUUUGAAUUUGGAAUCAAAAUGUAUUGCCAUCGAACAAAAUAAUUCUAGUUACCAAAUAGAAUUGGCUAGAACUAAAUCUAUUGAAGAAGAAAAUUUACGACUUAACAAGUUAUUUGUUAAAGAAACUAGAGUGCGAAAUGAAUUAGAAACAGCAUUAAGAUUUUGUCACGAAAAGAUAGACAAAUACCAAAGAGAUGAAUCGACAGCAAGAGACAAAGUUAAAGAAGCUAUUGAAUUAGUAGAGAAAACUUGUAUGGAAAAACAGCGUGUCACCGAAGAGUUGAAAAAAUCCAAUGAUGAAGUUAAUCGACUUGAAGAAGAAUUGAAGAGGUUAGUAGUGGAUGCUGGUAACAAAAUUAGUAUCGAAAUUGAAAAAGUCAAAUUAAUUUACGAUACAAAAUUUCAAGAAGUCAAAAUAGAAACCCAGCGUUUGCAAAUGGAAAAGAAAACAGCCGAACGAGAUUUAGAAAAAAAAACUAAAGAAUAUGCCGAUUUGACAAAAAAAUAUGAAUCAGUCGCCCAAGAAUGUGUCUCACAACCUUUAGUUCAUUUGGAAAAUGUUAACUCUUUGAUUGAUCAAAUUGAUGACUACAAAAUCAAAUGUGAAAAACUUAUGAAUGAAGUAGAAAUCUUAAAAGAAGCAAAUAAGCAAAAUCAAGAAAAUUACACAAGAAAAUCGGCAAGAUACAAAAUGGAAAUAAUGUUUUUAAAAGAUAGAGAAGAAUCAUUAAAAAAACAUUUAAACAGCGCCAUGCGUCAAAUAGCGGAAGAUAAAAAUGAGUUAUUAGAAACAACUGAUCGUAUUAAAGUUUUGGAGAUGGAAAUUAACAAAUCAAACAAGCCUAAAGAAAAUAGUGAUCAACACGACAAAAAAAUAAUUGCUGAAUUAAUAAAACAUAUUGAAGCUUAUAAAAAAACGAUAGAUAUGUGGAAAAAUGAAAUGAGUGAUAUUACAAAAAGUUUAAAAAAUAAAAUUGUUAAAUUAAAAUUAAAUAAUAGACAGUUAUAUCAGAAAAACAUGAAACUAAAAAAAAUGAUUAAUAUUUCUAGAUAUAACUACCGCUUUAAAAUGAAAAAAAGUCUACCAUUUCAGGAAAAAAUGUACAAAUCCAAAUUAACAGACGUGUCUUCUUCAGCAUAAUAACACCUAUUAUAAAACUAAUUAUGUUGAAUUUUUGUUUUUAUAAAAACAAAGAAUUAAUUACAAAUAUUAU